AUGGAUAUUCUGAGAAGUGCGCACCCAGACGGCUCUGAUAAUGGAAAGCAAAGAGCAGAUUUACUAGAAAGUAUAAAAGAAGCAUCACAAGGCAUAAUAGAAGAAACAACAAAAAUCAGCAAAUGGGUAACACAAGCAUCACACGAGUCACUGAGGGAGUAUCAAAGACAGAAGCAGGAGUCUAUUAGAACGGAAAGUUUACUGCAGACUACACUGGCGCAGCUUAAAGAGGAGCACGUAAAAUUACUUGAGGAGAGGCAGAUGCUAGCACAGGAGACAGAAACAGAACAAGAAGAAAUAAAAAAGAUAAAGGUGGCACAGCAAGAAAUGGAAGAAAGGCAGGAACAAGCAACACUUAAAAAACAAGCACUAAGUACAACACUCUCACAGACCACAGCACAAGUGAUUCAAUUAAGAAGAACUUUAAAGCAAGAAGAGGAGAGAGAAGAAAAAGAAGGAGAGAGAAUGAAAAAGGAAAUAGAGUAUUAUGCAAAUCUGUUUAAUCUGUACAUUAGCACAGUUGAGGAUGGAUCAGUCCUAUUCCUAUUUAAAAUAGAAGGAAAUGAAUACUACUUCCAAAUAAGUAUGACAGACACGUACAGUAUAAUUAAAGCCAGUAUUAGUGAGAAGUGCUAUAAAUCAGCAUUGGACGAGUUAGAAUCAACCCAUGACUUUUUCUUAUUUGUAAAGAGAAUGAAAGAGUUAUUUGAAGAGGAGAGUGCAAGAAAACAGAAAGAGAACAUAACAGAAUAAAGUAUGCCCAAAUAAAUCAUAAAGGUAAAUAUAUCAAGAUGUCCAAGGACCAACCAGAA